CUAUGACAUCUCGUUCAUACCUGCAGACGCUCGAUCACCAGAGACAUAUUUCGAGAGUACCGUGUUUUGGGAAAGGGUGGGUUUGGAGAGGUGUGUGCGUGUCAGUCCCGAGCAUCAGGGAAAAUGUACGCAUGUAAGAAACUGGAGAAGAAGCGCAUUAAGAAGCGGAGCGGGGAAGCCAUGGCCCUCAACGAGAAACAGAUUCUAGAACGGGUCAACAGCAGAUUUGUGGUCAGUUUAGCAUACACUUACGAGACAAAAGAGGCUCUUUGCCUGGUGCUGACGCUGAUGAACGGAGGAGACCUGAGGUUUCACAUCUAUAACAUGGGCACCGAGGGGCUCAACAAAGAAACAGUAGAGUUUUAUGCUGCUGAGAUCCUGUGUGGCUUGAGCCAUCUUCAUAAAAAGUCUAUUGUUUAUAGGGAUUUAAAGCCAGAAAACAUUCUGCUGGAUGAUAAUG